CCCCGCUAAGAGGAACUGCCUUUGAGUGAGAUGGUCCCAGAGGCCCGGAGGAGCGGACUGGUAAGCACCGGGAGAGUGGUGGGAGUUUUGUUUCUGCUUGGUGCUUUGCACAAGGCUUCUGCCGUGGUUCGCUAUGAGAUCCUGGAGGAAAGAGAGAGAGGUUUUGCGGUGGGCAACGUGGUCACGGACCUUGGCUUGGAUCUCGGCAGCCUGUCAGCCCGAAGGCUGCGGGUAUUGUCCGGGACUAGCCGAAGGUUCUUUGAGGUGAACCGGGAGUCAGGAGAGAUGUUCGUGAAUGACCGCCUGGAUAGAGAGGAGCUUUGUGGGACACUGCCCUCCUGCACCGUAACUCUGGAGCUGGUAGUGGAAACCCCACUAGAGCUGUUCAGCGCAGAGGUGGUGAUCCAAGAUAUCAACGACAACAAUCCCUCUUUCCCUACCCGGGAAAUGAAAUUGGAGAUUAGCGAGGCCGUGGCGCCAGGCACGCGCUUCCCGCUGGAGAGCGCGCACGAUCCCGACGUAGGAAGCAACUCUUUACAAACCUAUGAGCUGAGCCUUAAUGAGUACUUUGCGCUUCGCGUUCAGACGCGGGAGGACAGCACCAAGUACGCGGAGCUGGUGCUGGAGCGCGCCCUUGAUUGGGAGCGAGAGCCAAGUCUCCAGUUAGUGCUGACGGCUUUGGAUGGAGGAACUCCAGCUCGUUCGGCCACCCUUCCCAUUCGCAUCACCGUGCUGGACGCGAAUGACAAUGCACCCAGCUUCAAUCAGUCUUUGUACCGUGCGCGUGUCCUGGAGGAUGCAUCCCCUGGCACUCUCGUUGUGCAAGUUCAUGCAACUGAUUUGGAUGAAGGCCCCAAUGGUGAAAUCAUUUACUCUUUUGGCAGCCACAAUCGUGCCAGUAUGCGAGAUCUCUUCUCCUUAGAUCCUGUUACUGGGGUGCUGACAAUCAAGGGUCACCUGGACUUCGAAGACACAAAACUCCACGAGAUUUACAUACAGGCCAAAGACAAAGGCGCCACUCCGGAAGGAGCACAUUGCAAAGUUUUGGUAGAGGUUCUGGAUGUGAAUGACAAUCCCCCAGAGAUCACAGUCACCUCCGUGUACAGCCCAGUCCCUGAGGAUGCUCCUCCUGGAACUGUCAUUGCUUUGCUCAGCGUGAUCGAUCUGGAUGCUGGGGAGAAUGGAUUGGUGACUUGUCAGAUUCCUCCAGGUCUCCCAUUCAGCCUAACUUCUUCCCUCAAGAAUUACUUUACUUUGAAAACCAGUGCAGCCCUGGAUCGUGAGACUGUCCCAGAAUACAAUCUCAGCAUCACUGCUCAAGACUCGGGAGUCCCUUCCCUCUCAGCUCUUACAGUUGUGCAAGUACAAGUCUCUGAUAUCAAUGACAACCCUCCACAGUCUUCCCAGUCCUCCUAUGAUGUUUAUGUUGAGGAAAAUAACAUCCCUGGGGUUCCAAUACUAAAUCUAAGUGUCUGGGACCCAGAUGCCCCACAAAAUUCUCACCUUUCCUUCUUCCUCUUGGAGCAAGGAGCUGAAACUGGGCUAGUGGGCCGCUAUUUCACAAUAAAUCGUGACAGUGGCAUCGUGUCUUCCUUAGUGUCCCUGGAUUAUGAAGAUCGGCGAGAGUUCGAAAUAACAGCUCAUGUCAGUGAUGGGGGCAUUCCGGUCCUGACCACCAACAUCAGCGUGAAUAUAUUUGUCACUGACCGUAAUGACAAUGCCCCACAGGUCUUGUACCCUCGGCCUGGCCGGAGCUCGGUGGAGAUGCUGCCCAGAGCUACCGCUCCUGGCCAUGUGGUCACACGGGUGGUAGGCUGGGACCCUGAUGCAGGGCACAAUGCCUGGCUCUCCUACAGCCUUUUGGGAGCUUCCAACCAGAGCCUUUUUGCUGUGGGGCUUCACACAGGUCAAGUCAGCACUUCCCGCGCAGUCCAGGACACAGAUGUGCCCAGGCAGACUCUUAUGGUCUUGAUCAAAGACAAUGGGGAGCCAUCACUGUCUACCACGGCAACACUGACUGUGUCAGUAACUGAGGAGUCUCCUGAAGCCCGGGCUGAGUUCCCCUCUGGCUCUGCCCCUCGGGAGCAGAAUAAAAAUCUCACCUUUUAUCUACUCCUCUCUCUAAUCCUGGUUUCUGUGGGGUUCGCAGUCACAGUACUGGGAGUGAUUAUAUUCAAAGUUUACAAGUGGAAGCAGUCCAGGGACCUCUACCGAGCCCCAGUGAGCUCCCUGUACCGAACACCAGGGUCCUCUCUGCAUGCAGACGCUGUGCGGGGUGGCCUGAUGCCACCGCACCUUUACCAUCAGGUGUACCUCACCACCGACUCACGCCGCAGCGACCUGCUGCUGAAGAAAACUGGUGCUGCCAGCCCACUGGCCAGCCGCCAGAACACGCUGCGGAGCUGUGAUCCAGUGUUUUAUAGGCAAGUGUUGGGUGCAGAGAGCUCCCCUCCUGGACAGGUAAGGGUUAGCAUCCGAACGAUAUUAAUGCUUUUUGAUGCUUGCACCAGGUUCAGGAAGGAAUAGUGUUUUUUUAAUGAUGAACAUGAUUUCCUAAUGAUACAUCCACGUUUUCACCUUGCCCUGCCUAGAUCAAGCAUCAUGCCUUUGUGAAAGGGAUGGCCUGACUAGAGUGUGGUUUGUGAACCCACACAAUGUGGAUUUGAUUGACUCAUGUGUGGCCCCAAUUCCCACACUCAGCACUCACUUGCCAUCACAACUAACCAAUCUUGCUAAGGGGGCAUUAAA